UGUCAAAAUAUUGUCGAUUUCACGAGUCAGAAAAACUAUCCAAAAUGCGCAAUAAAAACGCAAUAAUUUCAUAGUUUCGCACCCGAAAGUGAUAAAUCAUGUCUCGGUGUAUCAUAAAUCAGUUGCGCUACUUAAAUGUGGUGCGAAGAUGCAGCGUGAUGACGAUUGGAAGUGCCUCGAGGGGAGUGUCAUCCUCCUCCACACGGGAUGACAAAACGGGCUCCAUGAGGCACACCACAAUCCUCGUGCAACAGGGGGCGAGCAUUCAGGAGCUGCCUGUGAUUGUGCGCCGAGCGGGACGACGGGAAUUUGUGGCGUACUGCUCGAAUACAGUGCCACCGAAGCGUCAGGAAGAAUCUGUCCAGGAGAUUCAGGUUCAGACGCCGCCCAUGGAGGUGCUCAGCAGUAUUGAGAGAUGCCUGACAUGUAAUGGUGUUCUGGCACUGAUGAACAACUUGCCGGCUGAGGAUUUCAGCCCAGACAUCUGCGCCUUCGCACUGGAGAAACUCUUCCGGACAGAAACAGUGUUCACUUUGAGAAAUGUGGAGCAAUCUAGAGUGUUUCUGCGAUUGGUGGGGAGAUUACUGGAGCGUGGAGACACUCAAUUGAUCCUGAGUGUCAUGGAGAGGCUGAAGAAUCUGCUGGACCUGAGUCAGACCAUUGAAGCCUUCAGCAAUGAGCUGCUGAUGAGGAACACGGAUAAUCACUUGUCCGUGGAGGAGAUUUGCGAGGCGAUUGAGUUGUGCGUGUCUUGUGGCCAGCGUGAGGCUGCUGAGAAGUUCUGGACGGGAUUGGCGGAGCGCAGCCGGGAGAUUGACGUGCAGAACCUGGCCAGAGUCUAUAGAAUUGCGCCGAUGCUGAAAGUCACUCAUCGGCUGCUAAUCUCGCUGCUCGACCGGCGGAUCGGUGAGUGCUGGAGUGGACUGCAAGCGCCAGCUGUUGUGGCUAUCCUCGCGUCUCUGCAGAAGUGCCAAUCGCCUCCCUUUCGCACCAUGCAGAGUCUCUCCAGGUGGCUCAGCACGAACAUCCAUGCCAUCGACGAGGCACUGUUGGAGGCGAUUGUGGCCUCACUGACGCAUCUCCAGUACACUGAUGGUCAGCUCGAGCGCUCCCUGGAGCGCUAUGUGAAGGCGAGGGGUGUGAAAAUCCAACGACAGACGCUGAUUGUGGCACUGCUGAACUUCUGUGCGGCCUUCCGGAUCCGCAAUUUCCACAUCCUGAACGGCUGCAGUGAGUACUUCGUGAUGAAUGCGUCGCUGGUGGAGCCGAAGCACCUCAGGGCCAUCGUGGCGCCCUUUGGCCAGCUAAACUACCAGCCCAUCAAUGGGAUGCGCUUCUGGCAAGCCCUGGAGGCGAUGAUGGAGCGGAACUUUGGCCGAAUGGCGCCCGGCGAUGUGAUCUCAAUCGCCCUCUCGUGUGUCUACCUCGAGAUGUUCCCGCUGAACUUCGUGAAGAGGAUCUUCAAUCCCUACUUCCUGGACGUGAUGCACCAGGCGUCGCGGCAGGAGAUUGUGGCGCACCAUCGAAUGCAGCUGAAGCUCUUUGACACGGCAAUGGCGCUGGAGUGUGCGGAAUACGAUGGACCCUGGCUGCCCAGGGAUCACGCUGCCCGCUCAAUCUGGCAGGAUGGGCGCAUCAAGAGGAUGCUGAAUCAGAUCAGUCAACAUCUGGAGAACAUCGCCGGCGGCUAUGAUCGCUAUUCAACGUGUGUUUGCCUGGCGCAAUUGCCACUCACCGAACUCCAUGUCAUCGAUGUGCUUCUGCAUCCCGCCGGCUUAGGUGGCGCCUGGAAGCUGCGUCCGCGCUCCGAGAGGAACAUCCACACGGCAGUCCUGGUGCACCUGCCGGAGCACUUCAACUCCACCGGGGAGUGUCUGAGUGGCGCGCAAAGCAUGAGGAUUAGACACUUUCGCAAGAUGGGACUGAAAGUCGUCACGCUCAACUAUGAUACGCUAUCGAGGCUGAAGAUUCAUCCUAAGGAACUCAAUGCGUAUCUCGUGGAGAGGAUGAAGAAUUCCCUGCCCGCCUUUCCUGCCUGAGAGUCGUGACUUUGUUCAGCACACAAUUUGUUGUCAUGUAGAGAAAGAAAAACCAAGAGACUUAGCAAUAGACAGAGUUAAGUGCAGAUCACGACAGUUGUUUUUUUUAUUGUCGUGAUAACUGAAAAUGAAAAUUUCGCCCGGAAACAGCGAGGCUGAAAGUCUGUUUUCUCGGUAUAAAAGAGCCGCGCUUCCCCACAGACAAUGCUAAUUGCUGAAGAGGCGGAAAAGUAUCCACAACCAGACACACAAGGAUGAAGAUCUUCCCACUGUUUCUCGCGGCUGCGCUCUUCGCGGCGGCUGCUCUGCUGGACGGCGUCACUGGAGAGUGCACAUUACUUGGGGUUCCGAUUGAAACUUCUAAUGAAGUAUUGCUUACAACUGCGUGUCUAACACUUACGGGAUUAAAUCCAGAUAACUUGGAGUGCUGCAAAACUGCUCUUAGGGAUUGCUGUGGCGUUGUCGGCAACUUUACCAAUCUCGCCGAUUGCUGCGAUUUGCUGCCUUGCAUGUUGCCAGAGACACUUCCUUAAGCUGGGAAAUUAAUCUAAAUAAAGUCCUUUUCUCUAUUUGUGUUUGAAAAUAU